UUUCAGGUACAGAAGCUACAAACAACAACAGAAGCAGCAGCAGCAGACAGAGAGAGACGGACAGAGCAGCUGAGCUGCUUUACAGAACAAACCGCACUUUCAUCGAGGCUUAAUCUCCGCGUCCUCUCACUGCACUGCGAUCUUUCUCCACCCUUGGACUCAUUUUUGACUCUUUUGGAUCUCAGCUGCAUUUUUCCACUGCUUUCGAGUUCGCUUGAUCUGAACAGCAGAGCCUCUGUGUAGAGAUGGUUUUCUGCAGGGAAGGUCAGCCUGAGCGAGCCCCGCUGUCCCUCAUCCUGCCUCAGCUUUAUCUCGGGGCAGAGACGGACGUAACGCAGGACUGCCUGUCUGCCCGGGGUAUUUCUUAUGUACUAAGUGUUAGUCGCUGUUGCCCUCAACCCUCUUUCCUGCCCCAGUCUCAGUACCUCCGCAUCCCCAUAGAUGACUCUCUCCGGGACGACCUGCUGCCCUGGAUCCCCCAGGCACUGCGCUUUAUUGAUGGGGCCAUGUCUCUGGGCUGCUCGGUCAUCAUCCACUGUGCAGCAGGAAUCUCCCGCUCUCCGGCUCUUGCUGUCGCUUAUGUUAUGUACAGCCUGGGAAUGGAUCUAGAUCAUGCUUACAGGUUUGUGAAGGAGCGAAGGCCUACGAUUUCCCCCAACUUCAACUUCUUAGGUCAACUGCAGCUCUUUCAGGGAACAAUUCUUCUGAAGAGCGGUCAUGCAAACCAUCCCACACAGCAGCCAGUCAGCUCUUCAGACACGACCUUGCAGUCUGCCAGCAAAACUGUCAAUAGCACUUCCACUCCAGGACUGUUAAGCAACCAUGACAUGCAGGACAAUGUUACAGACAAUAAUCACAAUAACGUGAUUAAGGAGGAUGUGCACUGUGAGAGCGAGAUCACCCGAAAGGAAACUAUUCUCACCCGAAACCCAAAGCCAGAGUUUACUUUAUCACUCUCUGACAAACUCAAGACGCUAACUCUGAGUGUAGAGCCUGUAGAGUUGCAGAGGUCGGCCUCGACCCAGCAGGCUACUAACAGUCUGACGCCACCAAAGCCUACUCACCUUCAGCUCCCAUCUCUAUUAGAGAAGCGUAAAAGCCUCACUCUGUCACUCACACCAGUCUGUUCUAGCCCCUGGGCUGACCACAAAGAGGCCCCAGCAGUUAGCACCAGCUGUAAUCAGAAUGAGACAUGCAGUACCCCUGUAGGCCUCAAGGGGGCUCCAAAAACCAUAGGGAAAGCCAGGAGGCGUGAUUUCUCACUGAACGGAGCUAAUAGGUCCAACAGCAGCUCGAGAAGAAGAGACAAAAGUGAGAAAAGGAGCUGCUCCUCGGUGAACAGGGCAAAGAAGGAGGAGCAACCAAAGCCAAACUCAACCCAGCCGAGGAGAAAGACAGACUGCAAGACACUGCCAAAGGGAAGCAGCACAGCAUCUCUCCAGCAGGAGGCGCCAGGCUGUGCAGUAGAAGCAGUGGAGGUUACAGAUGCUGACCAAAGCCCUAUGUCACCCAUUAGCCUGACCAUUAAUAGACUCUUGGGCUGGGGGGAGCGCAUGCUGCUUGGGGUCCUUCUUGGCCCCCAUAUUAAAGUGGGCCAGGCUGCCCUGCCGUACAGAUGCUGAAGGAAGGCCGGUGGGCACUGAAGAUUCGUUCAUACACUGAAAAUUUCUCUGAAUUUGCUUGUACAUCAUUUCCACAUCACUGAUAAUAUAUUAUGAACACAGUGGUUACCAAGGUAAGUAAAUUAAAGGGCAAAUGUUGGAAAUGAUGCUGAAGCAAAUCCAGGGCAUUCCUUUUUAGUGUUGUGUUGAUUAUUUUGCUCCACAGAUGAGCAAGAAGGGGAUUUUAAUGAAGGAGGAAAAGGAACUGAAAGAAAAGGAAGGGUGUGAAUAUGUGUGAAUAUGAGUGUGUACACUUGUGCUUGUUUGUGAGAGUGAUUCUGCCUAUUUGACUGGACUGCAUGUAGAGCCUCUAUCUGAAAUCAUUAGCGUGAUGGACGAGUCUACUUUGAGCGACUGCACUGUCGUAAAUCUGCUGUUGAUCCUUCAAAUGCACUGAAUGUGUAAAAAUGGCCGAAGAAGACCUCGCUACGUCUGUUUUAUUUUAAUGCACAGCCUGCCUGUGAAUCUAUUUAUUGAAUUGAUUAUUGUGGUUAUUUAUAAACUGAUAUUUUCAGGUUGACUGGCUAUUUUAGCACUACAGCUUGUACUGAGACACAGUGUUCAUUAAAGAUGACAUAUUUUACACA